AUGCACCUCGCCUCUGACGAACACUCACCUCUGCUCGCGGCGGGGCUCUCCCGGUCCAGAAACCUAGAAUGCAUUCCAGCCUUUGCCAAUGAGGCUUUCCUUCUGCUUCACCAUUCCCUCCCCGUGAUCAUGUCCUAUGCGCUACAAAACAGUUUGCAGACCUUUUCGAUACUGGUGGUUGGUCGUUCGUCUCCGGAAAACCUCGCGGCCGCUGCAUUUGCCUAUAUGUUCGCCACUUGUACCGCCUGGUUGAUUGCGCUGGGAGGAACCACUGCCCUCGAUACGCUUGCGUCCUCGGCUUUUACGGGGAGUACGAAUAGGUAUCAACUUGGCAUUUACCUGCAGCGAGCCUUCCUUGUGCUUGGGCUGUUGUACCUUCCAGUGACUCUGCUUUGGAGCCUUUCAGAACACCUUUUUCUUACGCUGCGACAAGACCCAGCGCUGGCCAAAGAUGCAGCUCAGUUUCUGACCUACCUAAUUCCGGGGGGUCUGGGGUACAUAUAUUUUGAGGCCCUGAAAAAGUAUUUGCAGGCGCAAGGCAUCAAUUCCCCCAGCACAUACGUGCUACUGAUUGUGGCCCCGAUUAACAUUGGCCUAAACCACCUUUUCUGUAAUUUGUGGGGACAUGGUCUGCUGGGUGCCCCGCUGGCAACGGGAUUAUCCUACUGGCUCUCCUUCUUCCUUCUCGGUCUGUAUACCAUUUUCGUCGCAGGCUACCAGUGCUGGGGUGGUCUGUCACGAGAGGCUUUCCACAAUACCGGAAUCUUUACUCGCCUAGCGCUGCUGGGGAUUCUUCAUGUUGGGGCGGAAUGGGCGGCAUUCGAGAUCGUUGCGAUUGCCGCCGGAUGGUUGGGUACUAUUCCCAUGGCGGCACAGAGUAUUAUUAUGACCUCCGAUCAAAUUCUCAACACAGUGCCUUUUGGGAUCGGUGUCGCGGCCUCCAAUCGAGUGGGAAACCUUCUCGGCGCCCGGGACUCCAAGGGUGCCGCUCUGACAGGCCAUGUGGCCGCCUGGCUGAGUGUCUCCGUGGGAGCUGUUAUCCUAAUUAUUUUGAUGCUCACGCGGUACCAAUUUGGCGAGAUUUUCAACGACGAUGCCGCAGUGGUGCAGUUGGUUGGUGACGUGAUGCCGUAUGUAGCAGCUUUCCAGGUUGCGGAUGGACUAAAUAGCAGCUGUGGGGGGUGUCUCCGAGGAAUCGGAAAACAACAUCUUGGCGCGGCUAUCAAUAUCUUUACUUACUACGCGGCAGCUCUGCCGUUGGGGAUCUGGCUUGCUACACGAGGCUACGGCUUGGCUGGUCUUUGGAUCGGUCAAUGUCUGGCUCUGUACACCGUCGGCCUUCUGGAAUAUGUGAUUGUCGCCUGGACCAAUUGGGACCAAGAGGUCUUGCAUGCAUUUGCAAGGAUGGAUAAGGGUAACGACGAUCCGCAUGACGCACAGCCUUAG